AUGUCGACCCGUUCUAAAAGAGCAGCUGAUAGAAAUUUAAACGACAAGCAUACACAGAUUUUACGUAAGUGCUUACAGCAACCCGAAAAUCGAUAUUGUGCAGACUGCAAAAAGAAAGACCCUCGAUGGGCUUCUUGGAAUCUUGGGAUUUUUGUGUGUAUACGAUGUUCGGGAACGCAUCGGUCUAUGGGCACUCAUAUUAGUCGUGUAAAAUCAGUUGAUUUAGAUACAUGGACACCCGAGCAAGUUGAGAAUAUGGUUCGAUGGGGAAAUGUAAAAGCGAAUGCUAAUAUCGACCAAUGGAUUCGAUCAAAAUAUGAAAUGAAACGAUGGGCCAUGAAGGGUCCAAUUCCUGAUCCGAACACAUUAAAAGAAAGCUUUUCUAUACAAUCAAAUAAUACUCCAUCAAAAAAAGAAAAACUUGCUGAAAAAAAUGAUGUCGAUAUUUUUGUUUCCUCACAUGAACAAAAUUCGAAAUCAUCAUCAUCUACUAUUACAAACGCCACCACCACUACCAACAAUAAUUCUGUAUCACAACUCAAAGGAGCAGAAUUAUUUUCGUUAGGAAAAACAAAUUCAGCCCCAUCUAGUCCAACACAACAAAAAGCUACGUUGCCACGUUCAACUACUCCUAAUCCCAUUCCUACUGCUGCACCUUCACACGACAUGUUAAAAUCAUCUAUUCUCUCUCUUUACAAUAGUCCAACGCUGAGACCUGUAGCCACCAAUAAUAAUAAUAAACUCACUGUUCUUGGUGGUCAAUUUUUUGGCCCGUUUACUUCUGCUGCUCAACAAACUUCAUCGUUAUCAUUAGGUGUACAACGACGACAACAGUCAUCAACAACGCCUCCUAUUGACGAUCCUUUCGGUGAUCUAAUGGAUUUUUCGAAAUUUCAAUGA